AUGGAUGAAAGUAAUCUAUCAUCUUCACCUUUGACAAAAGGACUCGGAGGUGGUUUAUCGGCACUUGGUAUUAGUCUUGGUAUGAAUGGAUCAGUAUCAUCGGGUGGUCCACCAAACCUAGUCUAUAAAAAAUCAAUGGAGGAACAAAUGAGAGAGUUGGAUGUACAGAAACAACUAUUAUUAGAGGAACGUGAACAACUACUCAAAGAAAAAGAACAAUUUGAAGAAGAAAGAAAGAUCAUCUUUGAUUCAUUGUCUAGGUGUGUAGGUUCGGGUAGUGCAAACAUUGGUCGUAACAUUCAAAAGGCUAUUAAAAAGGCUGAAAAGAUACAAAAACAAAAGGGUAAGGGUGGUAGUGGUAGUUCCAUACUAUCAUCAGAUUUAUCAUCUUCACCAGAUAGUUCAAGUAUCAUUGCUAUUGGUACUCCUUUUAAUGUUAAACAUAAAGUUCAUGUUGAUAUGGAUUUUCAAUGGAGUGGUGAAGAUGUUGACAAGAUAUUUGUUAUACAAGAGGAACUUGGAAGUGGAUCAUAUGGACGUGUAUUUAAAGCAAGUCAUCGUGACAAUAACUAUGAAUUGGCAAUCAAAGAGAUUCCAUUAAAAGAUGCUUCAGAGAUUGAAAAGGAAAUUUCAAUCCUAAAGAAAUGUAAAUCAACAAAUAUUGUUAGUUAUUAUGGUUCUCGUCAAGUUGAUGAUAAAUUAUGGAUAUUAAUGGAUUAUUGUAGUUUAGGAUCAAUUAGAGAUAUGUUGGAAUUAACAGAAAAAGUAUUAUCAGAGAAACAAAUUGCAAAUAUUGUAAUGCAAUCUUUAAAAGGGUUACAUUAUCUUCACCAAAAUUCAAUUAUUCAUAGAGAUAUUAAAGCUGCCAAUAUUCUAUUAAAUGAAGAUUGUAUUGUUAAAUUGGCGGAUUUUGGAGUUUCAGCACAAUUAGAAAAUGAAUUAUCAAAGACUGAUGAAUUUAUUGGAACACCUUUGUGGAUGUCACCAGAGAUUAUACAAAACAAGUCGUAUGAUAAUAAAUGUGAUAUAUGGAGUCUGGGUAUAUCGAUUAUUGAAAUGGCAGAGGGAUACCCACCUUGGUACCAGAUGCCACCAACUCGUGCCAUGUUGAUGAUUCCAAACAAGGCACCUCCCACUCUUACCAAACCAGCACAAUUCUCAAAGGAUAUGAGUGACUUUAUUGCUUGUUGUCUCCAAAAAGACCCAGAGAAGCGUCCUUCUGCCAUUGACCUACUUCAACAUGCUUGGAUUGUAAACUCUGGUGCAAUGGGUAGUGAUACUUUAAAAUCAUUGAUUGAAGAGUGUCUAAAGAAACGUGCUACCAUUGCAAAGAAAAAGAAAAACUCUCCACCUAUAUUACUCAGUCCCGGUGGAGGUGGAGGUGGAAAUAAUGGUCAAGUACCACCUAAAUCAUCAUCAUCUUCGUCAGAUCGAAACAAAACAAAUGGAUCGGAUGUUUCACAUACCUCUACAUUGAUCAUUCACGAUACUGUUAGUAGUACAAGUGAAAGUGGUGGUGAUGAUGAUUCAUCUCUACAGUUUGGAACCAUGGUAGUUCACGAUGACGAUGAUCAAGAUUCAUCAAAUGGAAAUAUUCCUGAUUUUAUAGCUGCCCUAAAACGUACUCUAAAUAAUUCUCUAAAAGAAAAAGAAAAAGAAAAGGAAAAGGAAUCACCAAAAUCAUCAAUACCAAUAUCAUCCAUUUUCAAUAAUAAUAAUAACUUUAAUAAUAAUAAUAAUAAUAAUAAUAAUGAACAAAGACAUGUAACAUUUAAUCAAAAGAAGAUUGGUGGUGGUACAGAUGAAAUGAUGAUAGAAAAGAUGAAACAAGAAUUAUAUGCAGAUAUGCAAGUAAAACAAGAUGAAUUAAAAUUAUUUAUAGCUCAAGAAUUAAAAUCACUAAAGAUGGAGAUUAUUAGAGAGAUGAGUACAAUCAUGACCGAUGGAUCUAUCAUGGCAUUACCAACACCUCCAUCCACAAAUUUACCAUCAAAUGUUGUAAAACCAACAUUCUCUGCUGCACCUGUAAUUAGAACACCCUCAUCCUCUGCUAUUGUACAAUCUUCUCCAUCCACUUCCUCCUCCUCCUCCUCAGUAAUUCAAACAAGACCAGUUACACCAUCAUCUAAUCAAAAACCACCCAUUUCUGGAGCGUCUACAGUAUCUGGUGCAACUGGAAAGAGAUUGUCCAACCCUCCAAAUAGUCUUGUCAGUUUGGCAAUGGCAAAUAAUAAUAAUAAUGAAUUCAUCAUUAAUAAUAGUAGUAGCCCAUCUUCAAAUCAACAACAACAACCACCCACUGUAAAAAGAACACCAACAUCGAUUAAAUUACUUGUUAAUAAUACUCCACCUCCUCCCAUGCCAACGACAUCAGCAUCAUUAAAUUUAAAUAGAAGAUCUGCAUCACCAAGACAAUCAAUCACUACUCAAACAUUUUCUCCACCUCCUCAAACAAAGCCAGAAACCUCAACCUCAACCUCUCCGUCUAAAUCAGAGAUUGGAGAAACUAGUAAUAGCGAUACUACCUCUACCUCUACCUCUACUUCUACUACCUCUACGACAACAGCUCCAUCAAGUGUAGAACAAAUUAAAUCACAAUUAUUUUCUCCACCUGAUCAAAGACCCAAACCAACUCCACCGAGUAGACCACAACCAACCCCACCCAAAGUAGGUGCAGGUGCAGGUGCAGUUGGUACCAAGAGAGCUCCAUCUCCAGCUGGUGCACGUAGGGCAGUUUCACCAAGCCCACCUGUUAGAAAUCCACCUCCUCUUCCACCCCCACGUAUCAAUGUCACCCCGCUGUCCAAGGUUUCAGCGUCUCCCAUGUCAUUAAACAAAUCCCCAUCUUCACCUUAUGUCCCACCACCACGUGCACCUAUUCCAGCUCCUGGAUCAGUCACAUCAUCACCAACAACCAAUAAUAACCUAAACAAUACACUUAAAAGAAGAUCAACUUCUACAUCCUCUUCAACUACUACUACUACAACUACGCAAACAACUCCACUGUCAUCAACAUUGAGAAGAUCUGGUGACCAAGUGAUAAAACAAAUGGCAGCGGCCCAACAACAACAAACUAAACCAAUACCUUCACCUAGACCAUUACCCAAUCCAACUACAUCCUCUUCAUCAUCGACUACAACAAAUGCAAGUGGUAGUAGUGAUCAUUCUUCUUCUUCUUCUGAAAAAGAUGAAAAAGAGUCUGGUAAAUCUUCGUUGCGUUUAAAAUCAAAACAAGUAAAGGAAAAAAUAACUAGAUCUUUAUUUUCUCCAUCUGUAUCGAAAAAUUUCAGACCAGCGCUAUUGUACAAACAAUCAUUCCUUAACAUCGUUGUUAGAGAGUUUGUGGAGAUGGUCAGAGAAACAGAAUUACAAACAUUUGGAGUACACUCUGACAGUAGUGAUCAAUUAUCACAACACUCUUCAAUCAGUGGUAGUAAUACUAGAUUACAACUAAAUAAUCAAGAUAUAGAUUCUGAUGCAAGUGGUUCUAUUGCCAUACGUCGAUCGGAAACUGGUGGAUCGAUUAGUAGAGAACAUUCACCAAGUCGUAUUAAAAAAUUAAAGAUUAAAUCAACUUUAAACUUUACUUUACCAUCAUCUCCAUUUCAUUUACCAAAUCAUCAAUCUGUUGGUCAAUUAACUAGUAAAAUAUUUCAUGGUAAAGGUAUAUCAAAAUUAAGAUCUUUGAGUAAAAAGAGAAGAUAUAGAAGAAAGAGUAGGACAUUUGCAAAGAGAAGAGUAUUGAAUAGAUGGUUAAACUCUAAAUGGAUCAUGUUGAUUAUGAUCCUUUGUACAUUGUAUCUUAUUUAUAUCGAUGAUUUUAUGUUGGCAACUGGUGCACCCGAUAGCACUGUCAGUUAUACCAUUGUAUCGGUACUAAAGAUCUUGGUUUUGGUCAUCUUUGUGUUGGAGAUGGCCGUACAGAUAUUUGUGCAACGACUGCACUAUGUCAUCUCUUUCUUUUUCAUCAUUGAUCUCAUUUCCAUCGCUUCACUCAUUCCCGAUGUCGUCGGAUUCAUCUUUGGCAUCAAAUCGAUCGUUCAUGCAAUCAAUGCACUUUCACUUGGUCGAACGGCUCGUGUUGCCAGAAUCGCCUCUCGUCUGUCUCGUGUUGCCAGAAUCGUCAUGUUUUUCUCAUCGUUUUCAUCGACCUCUCGCAACCGUGACUUGGAAGAUGAAGAGAAACUCAAGAUCGCCACUGAACCCAGUGCCAUUGGCAAAAAAAUUCUCACAAAGUCGACGCACAAGUUGGUCGUCAUGGUUCUGAUACUCAUCCUCAUCACCUCGUUGACAUCGAUCGAUACGGGACCGACCGACCAAGCCUAUCAUAGUGUAUUGGAGUUGUUUAUGCAUGCUGCCAAUGACAAUGUAAAUGGAACCCAGUCACCUCAAUUCCAACAAUUAUUGUCGGAUUUUGUGGCAGACUCUAGUGCCGUCGAUAUGCUCACACUUCGUAUUCAAGACACGGAAGUGUACAAUUCGGGUAUCGAUACAUCCGACUGGUUCAAUGGCUAUAUUAUUGAAAGUAGUGAGAAUGACGGUCAAGACGUACUACGUAUCAAUAAUAAGCAUAAUGAACAAGUAUCGGCUGCACUUGGUAUAACAUUGACAACGAGUGUUAUCUUGGUACUGUGUUUUGGUACAUUAUUAAUGUCAAGGGAUUUCCAAGUUCUAGUCAUUCAACCAAUUGAACGUAUGGUAUCACUCAUUAAAAAGAUUAGUGCUAUGGAUCGUUAUGAUGGAAGUGAACGUGAUUCCGAAGGAGGACAUGAUACAUCAUACGAAGAUGUAUCUGAUUUCCCAAGUGAUGGAGAUUAUGAUACUAGUGCAAUGUCUGGUGAUGAAUCGGAUAAUAGUAUUAGUGGAUUUGAUGAUGAAGCAGAGACUGGUAUUAUCGUUGACCUCCUCUCUGAUAUGGCUCUGCGCAAGAUGGAGUUUCGUCAUCGUGAACGUCAAGUCAUCGAAGUACACACCCAAUUCACAACUGGUAUGCAUGCAUUUGCAAGUGCUGCCGCUGCAUUUGUGGCACGUAAACGGUUCAAAGAUGAACUCAAAUUGUAUAAACGUCGGUCGCAUAUUGUGACCGAGCUCAUGACCACCGAGCAGACCUAUGUCAACUCGCUCAACACUGCCAUCGAAGGCUACCUCAUGCCUCUUCGGUGCUCGGCUCCACCCCUCAUCGAAGCGCAUCGUCUCAACACCAUCUUUGGUAACAUUGAAGUGCUCCAUCAGUAUCACAGAGAGUUUUUGGAAAAACUUCAAGACCGUGUCAAGAGUUGGACUCUCAACACUGCAGUUGGUGAUAUUAUGAUUGAACUCGAAGCAGGCAUCGUUGACAUUUACUCUACCUAUAUCAACAACUACAACAAUGUCAUGAAAGAGAUGGAAUCGGUACGCAAGGAGGAAAAGAUUGCCGAAUUUUUCAAUGAACAACGUGAAGCCAAAUGCAAGGGUAUUGAUAUCCUUGCGUACCUCAUUAUGCCAGUUCAACGUAUGCCAAGAUAUGUCUUGCUUUUAGAAGACCUACUUAAAAAUACACCCGCCCUCUACUUUGACUACGAACAAAUUGGCCAAGCUUCUCGAUCGCUCAAACGUGCGACAGUCGUGCUCAACGAACGUAAACGUGAAGCCGAAAACAAACAUAGUAUCCAAGACAUUUAUAUGAAGCUGGUUCCCCCACUCCCCGAUAUCCUCGUGCCCGGCAACUGUGUCUUUUUGCAGAGCAAACUCAAAAGCGACGGUGAAAAGUUUAUCUAUAUACUUUUGGGCAGUGGUUUGAUCAAGGCUGAAAAGUCGGGCAACGAAUUCAACGUCAAACAAUAUUAUAAUCAAAUGCGUGAAAUUAAUUGUGUACCCAUACAAGAUUGUCCAAAUAUGCGUGUUGUCAAUUGCUUCCAAAUCAAGGUGACCAAUGACGAGUAUAUCAUGCUCCAAGCAAAGACACCUGAACUCCGUCAAGAAUGGAUCGAUGCACUUGGACAAUACACCAAACUUCAAGUCAACCGAACCAAGUCUAUGCAAUUCAUCAAUCAUACUAAACGUGCUAGUGGACGUGGUUCUAUAUCUUCAUCAACCUCUUCCUCUCAACAUCAUCUAACUCCAAACCUUCCUCAUCGUUCAAGUACCAUUUUCUCAAGUGGUGGCAGUAGUAGUAGUCAUCUAUUAUCUCCAUCUCGUGCCAGUGGUGGUUCUAAUUUAAAUUUAUCAACCAUCAAACAAUUGGACAAUCCAAAUAAUAAUAAUAAUAAUAAUAAUAACUAA